AUGCAAAAGAAGUUUAUUAUGAAGUACUUCCCUCCUCAAAAGGCUAAUGCAAGAAGAACCGAGUUGAUGACCUUUAAGGAGGAGCAAGAUGAGCUCUUUCAUGAGACGUGGGAGAGAUUCAAGGAUCUUGAGCUUGGUUGCCCUAAUCAUGGCCAAUCUCAAGAUAUGCUUAUGAGCCUAUUUUAUCAAAGCUUGACAUCGGAGACUCGAAAGAAGGUUGAUAAUGCAAGCAAUGGUGAUUUCAUGGACUUAGUGGCGGAUGAAGCCCAUCGAGUAUUAGAGAAGCUUGCGGAGCGGUCUCAAUUGUGGGAUAAUAACCCGCAAGUUCGCAAGCCUUCUUCUUCACAUUUAUCUCUAAGGGAAGCAACUCAACCGAAAACCGGUGGCAUAUAUGAAGUCAAGGCAUCAAGCUUGGAUGUGCAUCAAGAGUUUAAGAGGUUAGAAGAAAGUCUUAAUAAGAAGUUUGAUAUGCUUUUGAAGCAAGAAAAGCAAGGAGGCCGUGAGAAGGUUAAUGAGGUUCAAGGGCCACAAGUGUGUUUAAUUUGUGAAGGAGUGAAUCAUGACACUCUAUCUUGCCCUCAUGGAGAUUUUUUUCCCGAGAUCAUUGAAGAAUGUAAGCAAAUGGCAUAUUCAAGACUGAAGAAUGACCCUUAUUCCAACACUUACAAUCCCGGAUGGAGAAACCACCCUAAUUUCUCAUGGGGUGGGAACCAAGGUAUGAAUUGCAACAAUCAAGGGAGUGGCAACUAUGGAGGUGCUAGUGGGAGCCAAAGCUUUCAAGGAAACAAAGGUGCGACUAAUGGAGGUUAUGGUGGCAAUACUUAUCCUAAGCCACCUUAUCAAGCAAGACCUCCUUUUCAAGCUCCUAAUACUCAAGUGCCACAUCCUCCUCAAGUGGAUGCUCCUAAAUCAAGCCUUGAAGAGAUGCUUGCCAAGGUUUUGGCAAAUCAAAAUGAGCUUAUUCAAAGUGUUCGAAAUGAUGUGGCCUCCACUACUCAAGGAUUGCAUAAGCUUGAAGCGCAAAUGGGGCAAUUGGCUAAUGAGAUGAGAGAAAGGAAGCAAGGAGAAUUGCCUUCCAUGACCGAGAAGAAUCCACGAAUCAACCAAGCCAAGGCCAUAAGAACUUUGAGAAGGGGGAAGGUAUAUGACAAUAAGGUUGCUCCUAAUGAUGAUGAUAAGGAGGUGGAUGCACCAACGGAACCUUUGUUGAAUCCUAAAGUGUCAAGAGUGCCUCCCGGAUUUCAAAAGAAGAACAAAGGCAUGGAGGAUACUUUGGGACAUGAUGGAGUGAUCUUGGGGUAUAGUGAGGAGUAUUUGAAGAGCCAAGGCAAGCCUAACACCAAGAAUGACAAUAUGGGAGCAAGUGGAUCUAAGUCUAGUGUGGAAGAAAUGCAAGAAGAAGCGCCACUUCCCUUUCCACAAGCGGUAUACCAAGAGAAGGCUUUAAGUAAGAAAGAGAAGAAGUCCAUGGAGUGUUUUGAUGUGUUCAAGAAGGUAGAGGUCAAUAUUCCUCUUCUUGAUGCAAUCAAGACCAUUCCUACUUAUGCUAAAUUUCUCAAGGACUUGUGCACUCACAAGCAGUGUUUUAAAACGCUAAGGCGUACCUCAAGGCGUUUUUCCGAGAGUAUAGAGUCUUAA